AUGGCAAAGAUGAGCUUUGCCCAUCGAGAGCCUCAAAACCCAAAAGUCUCUUCUAGCUUCACGAGAUCCAAUCUUUUGCUUUUUUUAGGAGAGAGAGAUAUAAGUCGAAAAGUCAUAAAAGAAAAAAUGGCAUCUUCAUCAACAAACUCACCAUGCGCAGCCUGCAAAUUCCUCCGGCGAAAAUGCCAACCAGAAUGUGUAUUCGCGCCGUAUUUUCCACCGGACCAGCCGCAGAAAUUCGCAAACGUUCACAAAGUCUUUGGAGCAAGCAACGUCACGAAGCUCCUCAACGAGCUUCACCCUUCACAACGUGAAGACGCAGUGAACUCUUUAGCUUAUGAAGCCGACAUGCGUCUCCGUGAUCCGGUCUACGGCUGCGUCGGAGUCAUCUCUCUUCUCCAGCACCAGCUACGUCAGCUUCAGAUCGAUCUUAGCUGCGCAAAAUCAGAGCUCUCUAAGUACCAGAGUCUUGGUAUCCUCGCCGCCACGCAUCAGAGCCUCGGGAUCAACUUACUCGCCGGCGCCGCAGCGGAUGGGACUACGACGGCAACGGUGAGGGACCAUCACUUUCAUCACCACCAGUUUUUCCCUAGAGAGCAGAUGUUUGGUGGGUUAGAUGUUCCCGCCAGUAACAACUACGACGGAGGGAUUCUUGCGAUUGGACAGAUAACUCAGUUUCAGCAGCCGAGAGCGGCGGCCGGAGAUGAUGGUCGUCGUACUGUUGAUCCGUCUUGAGAUUUUAGGGUUUUUGGGUGGUUCCGUUCGUCGUUGAUCUUGGCUUGAUUACUGAUGAGUUUAUGAUUUGAUAAAAAAAAUAUAUAUAUAUUGUCGAAGAAAAACCAAAAAUAUUUUUAAUGGUACGGUACGUCUCUCUUGAUGACAUUAAUUUCGGUUUAUUAUUAUUAAUAUUGUCACUUAGAUAUAUGAUGAUAGUAUCACUUUCGUAUUUCUUUUAAUUUCAUGGACAACGGCUUCUAGGCUUUCUAGGCUUUCUCUCC